AUGAAGGCAAUUAAAGCUACCCCCGAGGUCUUGAGUCUCCGUCACCAACGAUUCAUAUGGUACCUGUUGUGCAACAUUGUGGACGGCCACGACAUCGCCGUUGUUGCAGCCUGCGGGGGUGAUGUUGCUGAUGAAAGGAUCAAGAUUGGAGGCUACUUGGACCACAGUGGCUACUCGGGCUACGCCGGCAACAGUAGCUACUCGGACUACGCCAGUAACAGUGGCUACUCGGACUACGCCAGUAACAGUGGCUCCUCGGGCUACGACGGCAACAAUGACUGCUCGGACUACGCCGGCAACAGUGACUACUCGGGCUACGCCAGCGACAGUGGCUACUCGGACUACGCCGGCAACAGUGACUGCUCGGACUAUGCCGGCAACAGUGGCUACUCGGACUACGCCAGUAACAGUGGCUACUCGGGCUACGACGGCAACAGUGACUGCUCGGACUACGCCGGCAACAGUGACUACUCGGGCUACGCCAGCGACAGUGGCUACUCGGACUACGCCGGCAACAGUGACUGCUCGGACUAUGCCGGCAACAGUGGCUACUCGGGCUACUUGGGCCACAGUGGCUACUCGGGCUACGCCGGCAACAGUGACUGCUCUACGGGCUACUUUGCUCGUGGCUACUCUGGCUACGCCAGCAACAGUGGCUACUCGGACUACGGCGGCAACAGUGGCUACUCGGGCUACGCCAGCAACAGUGGCUACUCAGGCUACUUGGGCCACAGUGGCUACUCGGACUACGCCGGCAACAGUGACUGCUCGGACUACACCGGCUCAGUGGCUACUCGGGCUACGCCGGCAACAGUGACAACUCGGGCUACUUGGGCCACAGUGGCUACUCGGGCUACACCGGCAACAGUGACUGCUCGGACUACGCCGGCAACAGUGGCUACUCGGACUGCGCCAGUAACAGUGGCUAUUCGGGAUACUUGGGCCACAAUGGCUACUCGGACUACGCCGGCAACAGUGACUACUCGGGCUACGCCAGUAACAGUGGCUACUCGGACUACGCCGGCAACAGUGACUGCUCGGACUACGCCGGCAACAGUGGCCACUCUAGCUACGCCGGAAACAGUGGCUAUUCGGGCUAGUUGGGCCACAGUGGCAACUCAGGCUACGCCGGCAACAGUGGCUACUCGGACUACGCCGGCAACAGUAGCUACUCGGGCUAAGUGGCUACUUAGUUAA